UAAGACUCCAGAAAGAUGUCUUAUCAACAGCAGCAGUGCAAGCAGCCCUGCCAGCCCCCUCCUGUGUGCCCACCUAAGUGCCCAGAGCCGUGCCCACCCCCAAAGUGCCCAGAGCCAUGCCCACCCCCAAAAUGCCCUGAGCCGUGCCCACCCCCACAGUGCCAGCAGAAAUGCCCUCCUGUGCAACCUCCUCCACCAUGCCAGCAGAAGUGCCCACCCAAGAGCAAGUAACAGCUUCAGCAGCAUCAGGAUCUGGAAAAGAGAAGGACCAUUGGCUCGCCUGCUUCCACAGCUCCACCUUCACCUGCUCUUCUGAGCCUAUCAUGGAUACAGAAGUGGCUUUUCCAUCCUUCAGCCUGUAAAAUGCCUGUGUGACUCCUGACAGCAAAAGCCUUCCUUCCUGAGGCUGUCACACUGCUCCUCUCCGGGAGGGAGCUGAGGAAGGGCAUCCUCAGCUGUGCCAGCAUCCCAGAGCUUCAGGAGGAAGAGCAGCAGCUCUCUUCCUGGGUGCCAGCAGGGGAGGCUCUUGAUGUCUUCUGUGUCUGUCUGUCCCCUGGGCAGGGGUUUCUAUCACCUGGGCAAUUGUUUCUUUUCUUCCAUUUCCUGAAUAAAGUGACAUUUUUUUUUGUG